AUGCACUGUCAUUUGAAUCAUUCACAGUGGUUCGGUGCUGGAGGUAAAGUCUCGAUAAUGGACAGCGAUUUAUCGCCGCCACCAUUUGGACUCGCUUUACUAGGAUUGCAUCCCGUCGGUACAAAGUUUCCCUCGAAAUCGUCUUCGUCUCAUCCCGUUCAAGUGCUCAACGCUCGCGGCAUGCCUGCUAGAAUUCGGAAGAAGAAUCGCCUGUUUUACGAUGAUAACAUCGUCAACGAAAGAGUGCCGGCUGUGAAGGCGACACCGAAGAAAACACCUCAAUCGGUCAAGAGGGCGGUCUCCGUCCCCAAAAGGACCCCAGGCCGUUUGUCGCUAAGCAGCAGCCCGCGUAAAGUGGAUCAUCUGUCCAAGUCGGUCCAGAAGAAAAAGCUCUCCUCGCGCUAUGACAAAAUCAAGCGCAGUAGCAAAAAGCGGAAGCCCGAUUCGGCAGACGAGAGCAGCGCGAUGCAUGUCGUCAAUCCGUUGGCCGCGAUGGAAAAGAAAAUGUACUAUGCGCUCGGCUGGCAGCUGAAGAACUUCCUGCGACUACCCAAAGCAAACCGUUUUGUGUUCUUCGAAUGGCUGUAUGCGGACAUCGACCGACACCUCUAUACCUCACCGAAAUCAUACCAGCAGCUGGUUCGCGAACGUUUCCCUAAGCUCAAAACGACUAACUUGACACGUGUGGAGUGGACUCACGUUCGAUCAUCGUUCGGUAAGCCAAGGCUCUUUUCGGCCGCCUUCAUUGCUCAGGAACGGGCUGAUUUGUUUUCAAAGCGCGAAAAGAUACGCGUCGUACAGGGGAACAAUCUGUGCGACCAAUCGUUCAGCGAGGGGCUACCAAAGUCCAUUCCUCGUCGCAUACCGGAAGGGGCACGGGUGGUAGCCAGGAUGUACGGCGGUACCAAUGAUGGUGCUUUCGACGGAACGGUAGACGAGUACGACGAGGAAAAGCGCUGCUACCGGAUAAUAUUCGACAAGCCUACGAUUAAACCCUGCCUUGUGCCGGACUACGAAGUUAGCUCGGCCACAGUGCCGUCUACCAUUAAGCUAAACAGCAUAACGAAGGAUUACAGAGAGGCAUUGCGGGAUGCGUCCUUCCACGUGACGGAACGACCAAAGCGAAAGCCGCGCAAGGAAUCCCACAAGAUGAAACCCAACAUUGACGAACCUACGUUUGGCGGCCCAAUGGCAGCUAAGUAUAGCACGAAAAAGGGAGGCUUCCCGAGGGACUACAUUGGUGGGUAUCCGGUUUCAUAUCUCGAGCUGAUCGUGCGUACCAAGAAAACAGUGUCAGCGAAGCAGAUGAAGCUGCUCCGUCUGAAGAAUAUGUCGUCGGAGGCAGAAAUAUAUCGCGCAUAUCAAGAUGCGUACCCGGAAGAGUUCAAACGGCGCUACGCGAUGCUGAUAGUGGCGAUUGAAAAGCUGAAUCGGGAUCUCGAGAAACAGCUGGAACAGCUAAAGGAGCUCGUUGGCUGGCUGACACAGGAUCCAGAAAAGCAGGCCAUGAUCAUACCUAGCCGGUUCCGGGAGCAGUGUCGCGAAAAGGCUACGCACGUGUUCAACAAGAAUAACAAGGGAAAGGUAGUGAACGAGCACGUGUCAAACUUGAUCAAGAGUCUUGCGACGAUCAUGGUCGUGGCAGCGAACGUGGGGAAACAGGAGACGGACAUAGCGAUGGAAAUGCGAGGCUGCAUUGCCGAGGCCAGAGAGCGGUUGGAACCGGAAAAUGAAUCCGUAUUCAACCAAAAUGUCGCCAAUCCCUUCAACUACUUGCAGCAGGAUGAUUUUAAUUUUGGGGAGAAAUUUAAAAAGCAAACAGACGGUCUAUAAUUACUUUGCUAUUUUUUUAAACAUUGAAGAAGAAAGUUAAGGUCAAAACAAGGUUGAAAAGUUGUAACCUUACUUAAAUUAAAUUACUAGAUUUAGUGAGGUGAAGAGUGUAGUAUGUGGAUCCACUACCACGAUUGAUUUAAAACCUACAAUGAUGUUUUUUGAUUAUAAGGAAUAAAUUGAACGUUGGUUCAUUAACCGGUCGCUUCAUGAGUUUUGGUUGCAUGAAAUUAAAAUUAUUUUCAUUCGCAAUUGUGUCUUAGCAUCAGAUUGUACAAUAGCACUUUAACGAAAUUAAGACUAGUGGUAAUUAACAGUACAUUAAUUUAGAAUGGGC